AUGGGCGAAAAGGACUACAUCUCGAUCGAGAGCUCCCAGAGCGGCUGCUGGUCCAGCGUGGGCCGCAUCGGUGGCAAACAGGAAGUGAACCUGCAGAUGCCGGGCUGCACCACCAAGGUCGGCACGAUCGUGCACGAGUUGAUGCAUGCGCUUGGAUUCCUGCACGAGCAGAACCGAUCCGAACGGGACAACUGGGUCACGAUCAUGACGCAGAACAUCCAGCGGGGCACGGAGAACAACUUUGCCAAGGCGUCGGCCAAAACGACGACGGCGUUCGGCGUGCAGUACGAUUACGGCAGCGUGAUGCACUACUCGACCAAUGCCUUCUCGGCGAACGGAAAGCCCACGAUCGUGGCCAAGAAAUCCGGCGGCAAUAAAAUGGGCCAACGGAACGGUUUCUCCAGCCUGGAUGUGGCCAAGCUGAACGCCAUGUACGGGUGCAACAUUGGAACCGGCAGCAACGCUCCGGUUGCUUCCGCCGGAAAGCCUCAACGCCCUGCGCGACCCUCGCGCCCCGUCAAGAAGCCCAACGGAGGUGGCCCCACCGGGGCGCAGGUCGUCGGCUUCAUCGGCAAUCUGAUUGGGGCCGCCUUCGGGGACAACGAAACAACCACGGAGGAGUAG